GACAAAGUCAAUGACCGGUUAUUCGACUGGCAGCAGCUCUUGCAACGUCGCAAGAGCUACCAUGAGGUUCUUUCCUUCUCGCACUUCCUCCCUCGAGUGGAGGCUAAUCCUGAGAAGAGAUACCUCAGUUAUCCCAACCUUGCCAAAGGCAUUGGGUCCAGCUACCUGCGAAAACGCGUGGAGGAGCUGAAGCCCGAUGUUCAUGUUUUUGGGCAUACACACUUCGGCUGGGAUCUGGUGGUGGACGGAAUUCGGUACGUGCAGGCUCCGUUGGCGAUGUCCUCUGAACGGAGCUCUCGUGGCACCACCGUGUCACUGGGCGACUUCCCAGAGGGCAAGUCCACUCCACAUCCAUUCCUGGUCUGGCACUCCCGCAGCGGCUGGGUUCCUCGAGGUCGCGGAGCAUGGUCAGCUUACGUGGAGCGAUAUGGUCGGCGUCCAGAUGUCACGUCUUUAAUACCAUCCUAUGUGGCAGAUUGCGGCCUUGUGCCCAUUAGUAGCAUCUCCGGUGCCAAAGCGAGGGUGGGAUGGCUGCCUGGCAGGAUGCCUGUUUGGCUUUUUGGUCCACGAGAGCAAAGAAUUCGCGAGGCGGCUGCAGAAGCCCAGAAGGUUGCAGAGCGCCUCAGAAAAGAAGCUGCCGGGACGUUCAAGCGCGCCGGGACCAUCAAACAUCGAAAGCAACAGUUAGGAUCCGAUGAGCCGCUCCCAAUUGAGGCAGCCGAGGUUGCCAUCCUUCUGCAGAAGGGUGAAGUUGCAGUCCUGGACGUGCGGGAGGGUGACAUCAGAAGCCGGCCUGCCGGCUGCGUGCCUCUGUCGCACCCAUCAGAGACAAGCAAUUUUGCAGCGCUGCCGGAUGCGGAGCUUCUUGAGCUCAGCGAGCAGAUGAUGCUGGGAACAGGGCCAAGAAUCCUUGUUGGAGACUCAAGCUCGCCGGCUAGCUGCCGGCAUGCAGCACUGCUGCUGGCUGCGCUUCUUCGCUUAUGGCCCAGGCGCGUGACGAGUCCCAGGUCCCAGAGUAGAUGUUCUCAGGGGCCGGUUAUCAGUGAUCAGUUAUUCGGGCAGCGGGUGAGAACAUGUAAGAACCGGGAAGCACCCACCCGCCCAUGCCCCGAACAAGGUUUCGUGUUUCUUCUUGUGAGUCAUUCAAGGGAUUCUGCAGUUUGA